GAAUACUCCGCCAGAGCCUUCAUGUGAUCAGAGUAGAUUCUUUAUACCAAAGGGUUGCAAAACCUCCCUUUUGGAAGUUUAAAAUCUUCAAAAGGCAAACUUAUGAAGAAAGAGCUUUUGAUUAACUUCUCAUUUCGCGGAGUUUUAGUUGGAAAGGGUAAAGGAAAGAAGGCCAAAAGAAGAAAAUGGCAAAUUUUAGCCUCAGAAAAGCGGAACCAAAAGACGUUGCCAAUAUAUUGCGGUUGAUUAAGGAACUUGCGAAAUUCGAGGAGAUGGAGGAACAAGUUGUGCUGACCGAGAAAGACCUUCUGGAGGACGGCUUCGGGGAGCACCCCUUCUACCACUGUCUGGUUGCAGAGGUUCCUGAAGACCAGAGGAGCCAUGAUGGUCACACUGUGGUGGGGUUCGCCAUGUACUACUUCACCUACGACCCCUGGAUCGGCAAGCUGCUCUACCUGGAGGACUUCUACGUUAUGCCAGAGUACAGAGGCUAUGGGAUCGGGUCGCACAUCUUCAAUCGUCUGAGUGAGACGGCCGUGAAGACUCGCUGCAGCAGCAUGCACUUCAUCGUUGCAGAAUGGAACAGCAAGUCGAUCGAGUUCUACAAGCGGCGGGGUGCGGCUGACCUGUCUCUGGAAGAGGGCUGGAGGCUCUUCGAGAUUGACAAGCAGGGCCUCCUCAAGAUGGCCACCAAGUAGACAUGCAGAAGCAGAGGAAUGGCUGUCAAAUCAACACAACAUUUUACACUCGGUCACAUCAAAAUGUCAACCAAUCACUAGAUUUUUAAUCAUCCUACUGUGAAGAAUAUAAACAAGGCAUAUAUCAGGCUAAUGUUUGUAGUUAUUUAACCACAUAACUAAUUAUUUCAUAUUUAUUAUCAAAAGGGACUUUCUAGUAGUUGUUGCUAUUUUGAUACUUAGACUAAACCUCAAAUCUUGGUCUUAGUUCCAUUCGUUUGUUUCAUCCAAGGGACUUAAAGCAUGGAUAAUGAUUACACAGUAGGCCAUGGUUGUAUUUGUCAUUUGUUUUCAUCUGAAGGACAUGAGCAGCUUCUUAGUCCAGAAUAUGAUGCCAAAUGUAUAGAUGUGGUCACUCUGUCAACCUGCUCCUGAGUAUCUCUGUCUGAUUACAUUAAUGGAAUAAAAUAUAAUCAUAUUUCAGUCUA